AGCGGAAUAUAAGGAUGUACUUGCGAUUACCUUCACCUCCACUGUCACCAGGCGAAGGAGCAGCUUGGACGAGUCCUUCGGCCGUCCAGGGUGCCUCGAUGCCGCUGCUCAGCGACUUACUGGCCCGGAACACCCAGGAUCUGAACGUUCCGCCGGGCUUUAUGCUCUGCAUUCCGUGCUACUUGUGCCAGCAGCCCUUUGGCGACAUAGAGAGCUUCAAGGCUCACCUUACCCAGCACGCGGCGGAGAUCUACGCGAGGAAUACGGGGAAUGCCACAAAUAUGCAGCCUUACAUUCCACCUAACGAGUCGGCACCGCGGAGUACCCACCCGUUUCAUAUGCCAGUGACCUUUCCACCAACUCCAUCGCCGCCAAUGGGUCCGAUGCCCUUGCAUCCCUGUGCGAUGCCGUUUCCCCUGGAGCCGCCAAUGCAGGAACAGAGGCAACACCCGAUGCCGCCGCUCAACCAGGUCCCUCUUCGACCGCUAGAGACGAUGGUUGCGAGAGUAGUUCCAAGCAUUCGACACCAUCACCCUUACCCUCUCCAUCUCCUUACCCGCCCUCCGCUGUGGCUGAGGCAAGGAGUCCCCAAUCAGCCACUCCCCCACCAGCCACUUCCCAACCAGCCACUCCCCAAUCAGCCUGUUCCCAAUCUUCCUCCAGUGCCAGUGCCGAUCCAGCACCCCAUCCAGCACAUGGUUCCAGCACCCCUGCAAGCAGAGCCGAGACAGUUACCGGAGCAUCGGCCAAUAGUUUCAUCCGAAACUCCGGAAACUGUGGAUCUUUCGGAUGUGGAGAUAUCUGUCGACGUAGAAGAGCAAACGGACACUGUGGAGAAACCAAAAUCCCCAGCUGUUCAAAUAUUAAAGGACUUACUGAUGAAGAGAUCGGGACAACCUGCAUCCUCGGAUCCCGCUCCGACAGGGGAAUUAUUGAAGAAGAGCUCGGAACAAUCUGAGUCUUCCCAUCCUGCCGCAACUUUGAGGCCCAUUCCGACAAAGGAAUUACUGAAGACGAGCUCGGGACAACCUGCAUCCUCGGACCCAGGGGCAAGUACGGAGCCCCUUCCGACAGGGGGAUUACUGAAGAAGAGCUCGGAACAACCUGCAUCCCUCGAUCCUGCAGCGAGUACAAAGCCCAUUACAACAAAGGAAUCGCUGAAGAGAAGCUCGGAACAAUCCGAGUCUCCCCAUCCUGUCGCAACUUUGAGGCCCAUUCCGACUAAGGAAUUACUGAAGACGACCUCGGAACAAACGACAUCCUCCAUUCCUGCUGCAUCUACAGAGCCCACUCCGACAAACGACAGGUUCGACUGUAAGCUGUGUAAAAAGAAACUGAGCUCCCGCCAGUCGCUGAAGUACCACUCCAGAGUGUUCCACCAGAUAGACGACCUGCCCACGGACCGGAUUGGCAGGCACGUACAGAAGCUGUUCAAGUGUAACGUCUGCAAGAAACGCUACAAGAGGCAGACCUUCCUCAAGCUGCACCUGAAGUACAGCCACGGAGUCGUCAGUCCGUGUAUGCAGGCUGAGAAGCCUGCAAGUCCCACAAUGGAUUGUGAGACGUCACCCUCCCCGGAAGAGAGUGCGCCACCACCAGGUUCCGAGCUCGGGCGCAAUGAGAUCUGGAGCACAAGACUGUACAAUGCGGUGGCCGCGGCAAAAUACCAGCCUGCCAGCGAGCCGGCGGCCAAGUACUUGCCCGCCAGUGACCAGCCAGCCAGAACCGAACCGGGAGCGAGUUCUGCCAGGCAGCCGAAGCGAACCUACCCGAUGCGAUCGCCGUUUUUUAAUCCCGAUCUAUGGCUGGACUGCGAUGUGUUCUCAUAGAGCGAGCGGAGGAGUGCCUUCUAGAAGACUAUUUAAUAUUCGGAUGGAAAUUCAUUAGAUCAUAUUCACAACAAGACGCCUGUGCCAGCCAAGCUGGCCAUUAUUUUUACGAUUAUUUAAAGCAAUUUUAAGGAAAUACAAUACUCUUCCAAGACUGAGUGGAUGGACUCCUUGAAACCAGACCUACAAACAAAACUGCUCACUCAGCAGUAUGGACUUCACUUUCAAGCUAUUUUUUUCAAGUGAAAUAAGAACCGACAACGGAAUGUUUCUGGGGUUGUUUUUUUCUCAUUUUUUGUACGAAGAGUUACGAAAUAAUCACAUUCUGAAGUUCAGCAGGUACUGAAGACCAAACAAAAGAUAUUCGGUCUUUACACAUUGGGCCGAUAAGGACGUCCCGUAGGAUA